AUGAACGUCAAACGGUGUGUGAACACAUGGAUUGUGAAAUCGUCAGUUUUUCAUACGCUCACAUUGGUCGUCACGGACUCGACACUCAGUGUGGCAUUUUUUGCGGCUUUAUGCGCACUAAAAAAUGCUGCUUGCUUAACUGACGCCAUGGGAAUUGCGUAA